AUACGAUUGACUGUCCCUACCAAGAUGCAUAUAAACUUCUAAGGGUACGGUCCUGAUUUGUUAUUGAAGAAAUAUAGUGGACAGCCGUGUGGUGACUUAAAUAAAGAAUAAUCGAAAUGGACUCACUGCAAAAUAAAAAAUAAUAUCAUAAGGCUAAUAUAGAUAUAUCUGCGUAUAUUUGCUUACAUACAUAAAUUCAUUUGAAGUAUGGGUCCAUUUUUACGGAAACACUUAACAGUCAAGAAUUUUUAUCCAAUACAUGAUGAUCCCACAAUAUUUAUAACUUGCCAAUGGCAAAAAGAUAGAACUAAACCGAACCUAAUAUAUCUUCUGUACAGAACAAUAGUGAUGCUUAUAUUCUUUGUAACUUGGAUUUAUUCGAUAAUAGUGGAAAGUGGAGCUGGGAAAUAUCCUAUUUUUCUGACAAAUUGGGGGUAUACAGGCUGCACCAUCCAGUCGUUAUUAGCGUUUUUCAUGUUAUCAACGGCUGUCCUAGCAAUAUAUUUUCAAAAUAUGGUAAAAUUACACAAGGUGGUAUUAAAACUGUACCCAAUUUACUGGUUGUUGAAUACAGUAACAACACCUACUGCUUUCGCAAUUACAACUGUCUACUGGAGUAUUUUAUUCGAUGGCAAUAGCCAAUAUCGUGUUAUGAACUACUUUGUUCACGGUAACAAUUCAGUAAUGAUGUUUUUGGAUUUAUGUAUGGUGUCCCACCCGAUAAGAUUCCUACAUGUUAUUUAUACAAUAGUACUAGGAUUAACUUACGUACUUUUUACUUUAAUUUACUAUCUCGCAGGAGGCACUGGCUAUGGCGGUGCGAGAUAUAUAUACAGCAUAGUUGAUUGGUCGAAGCCGGGCCAGACAAUAGGUGUAUGUCUAGGUGUAAUUAUGUUCCAGGUCGUUCUUCAUAUGGUUAUUAUUCUGAUUUCUUUCGUCAGAAUGUCUAUUGCAAAAAAAUUCUGUAGUAAACAAUUCGACAUAUCCAUGAAGGAAACAAAGAGGCAGUCCUCGUUUGUAAAUGAAGCAAUGCUAAGUAAUGUAGUUUGAUGACCUAUACCUACCGUGUUAGAGUUUCUUAAUUAGUGCCAUAUUAUAUUUAUAUAGAUGUAAAAAAACAGGGUAUUUCAAAUUACGUGGCAAACACCUAAUUUCCUACGUUUACUUUACUUUGUAUAACAAAGAAAUGUAAGUGCGAACUAUAAAUACUUUUAUAUACCAAAAGAAUUACAAAGAGAUUUUAUGUGAAAAUAUUUAUUUUGUACAGGGUCCUUCACGACGAGUUGAAUCGAUAUGUAUAUGGGAAAGUACUGCGAUUAGUGUUCUGAAAAUUUGCUUGCAUGGCUUUCCCGAAAUGCACGUUUCAGCUAAAAUAAUUUUCUGAAAUUUCCGGUUAUACCGGAAGUGGACUGAAACUUCCGGUUAUACCGCAAGUGGACUGAAACUACGUUAUUUUAAAUGGAAUACUAUGGUUUUUAAAAAAUUACCAGCGAAUUGAAAUAAUAUUCAUCAAUAAAUCCUAAACGGGACAUAAUGAACAAUUUUGCAACGUUUAAACGUCAAGCUGUUUUCAUUGUUUAUUUAAUUUGAAGUGUAGAAUUCAAUGGUAAAGAGAAAAAUGGUGGUUGCCAUUUAAAAAAAUUAAGUUUUCGAAGUUUUUAGAUAGCGAAAUUCAGCACCAUUUUCUGAACACCCUAUAUAAAUUUUUGUCAAGGUUUUCACAGAUUUUUAAAGCUGUAAGUGUUAUUUGUCCAAAUCCCAAAAAUAUUCGACCCGACUCACUUAAACUUAGAAAUAUAGUUUUUUAGUGGAGGGCUGCAUGUAUCCAAAAAUUUCGAAUAUGUGUAAUAAUUAAAAAAUGGUGGACGAUGCCUCAUACAAAGUUAUAUAGAAAUUUCGCGUAGAUACCAAAAAUUUAAUGAAAACCAUAGCAUUCUACUUUGGGUCGGUUAUACCGGAGGUUUCAGAAAACUGAAAUAAUUUUAGUUGAAACGAGCAUUUCAGAAAAGCUCGUCGUGAAGGACCCUGUAUAUAUGAUCUGCAACUCCAUGACUCAGAAAGAUCCCAUUUAAAUAAUUUUGUGUAAUGAAAAAGAAAGUAUCUAGAGUUCCUUCAAUAAAUUCCAACUAGAAAAUAAUAAGUCGAAUUUAUAACCAUUAAGUAGUAGACAAUUUUUUUGUAUUUUUGGCCUUUUUUCAUAAAUUUAUAUAUAUACACACACAUAUAUAUAUAUAUAUAUAUAAAGGAAAUUAAAUAAAAAGUUGGAUAAAU